UUUAUACCCUGUUUGGUCGCCGUUUCUCACCCGCGUUCGAGUACGUUUCGAAUUGCCACACGUUUCUGCCAGUGUAUUCGUCGCCCUCGCGUGAAACAGAGUCAUCCGGGUCGCGGCCAACAGUAUGUCACUCACCCUCGAGGCGGCUGGCUGUUUAUCCGCGUUAACGUAACAAGGAGGAAAAGGCACGGGUGUCGGUGUGGAGGCAGGUUAUCUUCUUUGUUCGAGAAAAGCCUCAUCAGCGGGCAAUGGCGCGGGAACCGUGCGCUCCAGAGUCGGUGUGUUCAUGGCGUAGGUGAUGAUCGGUGUUUGUACAUGUGGCAUGGUGUUUAUAGCGAACAGGGAGAUUUACAUACCUCGCUGGAUUGACCAGCUCGUCGGUUUUUGGAUACGAGCCGUGUCGUGAGCCGCCAUGAGGCGCAUUAGCGGAUAAUAAGCAGUCAGCUGAUCUGAUCUGUUCGUCCCUGCUUUGUGAAUGUUGUAAUCAAGAACUGACGUCCGGUAUUGUGUCUCUUUGUAACUGGCUCUUCUUGUGACCGCAUAACAACUUGGCGGCAUGAACCGGCCGUCCAAAGCUGUGACCCAAGCGAAGAAAGUGGCACCACCGGCUGUACCCGAUGUAUUUCGACAUUCUGGCUCCUCGUUCGGUUCGGCUGGAUAUGCGAGCAGCGAAGAUAGCUGUUUCCUGCCCGGAAGCGGACCAGGCGGAACAACGGACGAGGGUUCUUACGGAGUGCCAUCUGGAAAGAGUCCGGGGCCUAUUUUUACCCAUCCCGGCUUUGCCUUUCCACCAGUCGUCGGCAAAUAUGCCCAUGCCGAGGAUCAAGGAAUCGAUAUGACUCAAAGUCCCGGAAGAGAUAGCCCAGGUAGUUCAGGAUCAGGCUCCGGCUCGAGGCAUUCUACCGCUUCAUUAGAUUCUGGAAGAGCCUCCGGGUAUCAUUUGGGCCCCAGAGGACCUGGUGCUCUUGCUUCAUCUCCCAGGUGUUCUAUAAGCUCACUUGGCAGCCAUCCCGACAGACCGGCGGAUCUCGACGUCGUUCACGCUUGGUUGACUGAACUCCAAUUCGAGGAAUACUUGCCAUUGUUUGCUUCUGCUGGCUAUGAUCUAGCUACUAUAACGCGCAUGACGCCAGAAGAUUUGACAGCAAUAGGAAUUAAGAAGCCUAAUCAUCGGAAACGCUUGAAAGCGGAAAUAGAUAAUUUAAACAUUGGAGAUGGCUUGCCAGAGCAUAUUCCUGGCUCGUUAGAAGAGUGGCUCAGGCUUCUGCGACUCGAAGAAUAUCUCGGUGCUCUUCAUCAACAGGGUAUGCGUUCAGUUGAAGAUGUAACGACUCUCACUUGGGAAGAUCUCGAAGACAUUGGCAUCGUUCGUCUUGGUCAUCAGAAAAAAUUAUUGUUAGCAAUUAAAAGAGUUAAGGAUAUUCGUGCUGGCAAACGUAUACAGCCGCUCGAUCUUGCUCGGCUACCGCCGCAUCCUGGACAAACACAGGACGUAGUUAUUCAGCGAGGAGGUCCCGACUUGCCAUCUCCUGACGAGGAUUGUUCCUCGCCUGUUUUGAGGUCUUUUCAGAGGGGAGGAAGUGAUACCACAUCUGGAGGUGCAUGGAGAAGUAUGUACGCUGCUUUACCAGCCGAUUACAAUAUUGUUGGUCGGUCUGGUUCACGAGGAAAAUCAUUAGAAAGCUUGGAAGACGCACCCCUUGGGUAUCCUCCGUCGCCAGCACCUUCUACGCAUCCACAGCCAGUCGAAUGGCGUCCACGCAGCUUUGAAGACGGUGAUCUGACUCCUACUAAUGAUACUUCCGUAGUGGAUGCAGGUGGUGGAACUCUUCCACGACCAAGACAUUGUCUUGUUCGUCCACGACCUGUAGCUAAGGUCACUGCAACUCCAGGGCAGUUCAAGUCACUACCGAGAGAUUUUGAUAACAAGUAUCAAUUAACUUACGGACUCGAAAGUAGUCCGCAUCUUCCAAAACGUUGUCCUCCGUCUCCUCCGAGGCGUCAGAGCUCUAGAGAUAAUAGCGGUUCUGGAGUAGGAGUCGGAGGAUCGGGAGUUGGCGAUGUUGUGAUAGAUUGCAGCGGACCAGUUCCAACUGCUUCUUGCGAGGAUCAUCACAUACAUCAUCAUCAGCAUCAUCACUUGAUUCAUCAUCCUUCUCCACCGCCACCAGCACCUGCACCAGUGCCAUCAACUCCACCGCAAAUAAAUCGACCACCCUCUUCUAUGUCUCGUUCUUGGGGCAGUGUCAGUGUUAAUGUUAACGAAGAACAUGAAUUAAUAGCGUCUCUUGCUCUGCAGCACCGUAACGGUUCUGAUGCCAGUUUUAAGUCAAGUUCCAGUACAGAAUCCGACUCGCUACCAUUUGCAAAUGAAAAUGCCGGAACGAUAAAACAAAGAGCUGCACGCGCACAAGAAUACGCAAGCGGUAAUACUGGCAACAACAUGCCAAGUCAUGGAAUAAGCCAUCAUACUGGUGGGAGCGAACCAGCGGAUGUAUUGAACGACAUUGGGAAUAUGCUUGCAAACCUUACUGACGAACUUGAUGCUAUGCUCGAGGAAGAAAAGCGUCAAGGCUUGAAUUCAUAAUCAUCGCUACGUUCGUUUGCGUCUGUUGUCAUUUUUCUUUCUCUUUCUUAAUUUUUUUUUUUUUUUAAUUACUAGUGCUACCACGAAAAAUGCAACUUUAGUAACAAAAAUCAAUGACGAAAACAUAGAUUUCUCACGCUAUGACGUAUUAUAUCGUAGAUCAUGAGCGCAUACAGUUUGCAAGAUUAAAUAGACAAAGUCGUAUGUGAAUUUGGUGAAUUGCAGCUUGAUACAUCGCAAUGACCUUAUUGAGAGGAAAGAAUGUUCAGUGUUGGACGAAUGUUAAACUACAUGUUGGUUUACAACAUAAGUUAUAUUACACAAACAAUAAUAUCCUGUUAUAAUUGUAUAAGUUAACGUAGUGGAUUGUAUUCUUCCACGGUAUAAUUUUGACUUUUAUCUGUUUCUUCAUUCCUUCUUUCUUUUUUUUUUUUUAUAGAACAAAACUUCUUAUUUUUCUAUCAAAAUAUCAUGAGCUUCUCACGAAGUUUCCAGAGACACCUGAAUGUUGCACAAUUUUUGCGAUUUUUACAUUUCUCUUUACAGUAUUUUUAUUCUGUAUAUUCAAAGAAAAUUUUUUUUAGUACAUUAUAUUCUGACGUUUGAUAUUUGCAGAUUUUUGAACUUGCACUUUUAAAUCAAAUUUAUGCAAGGAAAAAAAAAAAUAAAGUUAUACAAAGAUAGUUGUAUGAGAAAAAGUACGCUAAAAUAAAAUUGCACUUAAUAUAUAAGGAUAAUGAAUAUUAAUGCCUUAUGAUAAGAAGACUGCAAAAUACAUCAGUGUAGUCUAAUUCUCAACACACAUUUCACGCAUUUUACAUUCACAUGGCGUAAAGACUGAUUCUCUUUCUCUGGAAACUUCAUUGCUACCAACAUAUGUACAUUCCAGCUAGUAUAUUUCCUUUUCCACUUCCGUCCUUUGCUAAAACGAUAGCAUGUUAGAUUGGGACCUUCAUAACUGUUGGAACUGUUAGACAUUUUGAGAUUAGUAUGAUACAAAGAAGUAAACUUCUGGGUUGAACUUUACCGUCAAACCUUCAAACUUUUAGCACAUUUGACGUGCUAAAUACAAAUAGUAUAUCUGUUUUUGACGGAAAUUAAAAAAACUAACCGAAAAUUUAUAAAAUUAUUAAAAUGGAAUGCCAAUUAGAUACACUUUAUGAGGUUUUCAAGUGGACCCGUAUACUAUGUACGAAUAAAAAUACAACAAAAAUUGCUUUAUAAUUUAUAAGAUCACUUGUUUAUUCAUUUUGAAUCUCGUUAUAGGAAUGAAUCUCUUUCACAUGUCGUCGUUCACUUCCUGAAGCGUUUUCAUCUUUGGUUUAUAAAGUAUUAUUUUGCGUCUAAUAUGAUAAAAUUCUGAGAACGCCAGGAAUUUUCUUGUUAAUUAUCGACAGUAGCAUAACUAUUGACAUUGAUUCGGGUUAGAUAAAUCCCCGGCCAGUAGCAUUUAUCCUUGUUUCUCUGUAUUUAGAAUUCGACACAUAAAAUGUAUGAAUACAACGCGGCAUGAAUAAUGUAAUAAAUCAUUUUCAUAAAGAUUUUUGUGAAUAUCUCGGAGACGGGCAAUAUCCAGUAGAAACGGGAAUAUAACGUAUUCAACACGUUAAAACGAACAGGACGACGUAAAAUAUGUGUUAAAAGUUUGGGGGACAACGUUGAAGUUCUACCAACUUUUGUAUCUCUUUUCCAGAGUAAAAUAAUUCUUCCAGUAACGUCAAAGAAAAAUAUUAUUGAGUCGUGUUGAUUUGAUGAUGAAGCAUAAUUAUAUCUUUGACUAUAAUAUGAUACAAUUUCUAUAAGAGUUUACGAAUAGUUUGUAUGAAAAAAUUUACAUCUUCCAUUCUUUGAACUUGAGAAGAGGUUCUCGCAAGACUGAGAACAAAAUCAACAUAAACAUUUGACUGCCAAUUAAAUUUCAAGAUUAUACAGAUUAAAUACAGAAUCAUAUGCACUGUAUGCCAAUUAACAUUUUAUAUUUAUUAUCCGUACUAAUAUAGUGAUGUAUGUGUAACUCACUAUUGUUAUAUGGUGCACAAAAACAUGUGGAGUGCAAAGUAUCCACGUGUAUCAAAUCAAAGUAAUCGUCGUAGUGAAAUCUUGUCGAUAAAAAGUGUUCAGGUAUAAUCGAAAUUUAAAUAUUAUACCGAUAGAUUUGUGCAUACAAUUUUGUGCAACAGACCUCGUACACAGGGUAAGUCGUACAGUUGAUUCAAGUUAUAUCUUGUAUUUGAUUGUAUGACCUAUCUUGUGCAUGCAUACACACAUAUACAUUUAUAUAUGAUAAUUCCAGAUUCUUCAUCAAUUCGUGUAUGACAUAUUUCUUAAAUUUCAAGUAUUUUAAAGUCUGUGAUCUUAUUUAAAACUUGUUACAUACAUUGUAAGUCUUUGUUCACAUAUCAGUAAUUUUACAUAUACUUAAGUAAAAAUUGAAUUAAAAUUUUAAAGAUGUUUUUAAUUUGUAUAAAUGGAACUUGGAAUUUUCAUAUGUAAAUAGCUACAGUUUCAGUGAUGUUAUUACUAAUGAAAUACUCCUUAUUUUACAUUCUUUAAGGAGUACAAAUUGUUUUGUUUCUAUAGAAAUCAGUGAGUGAACAUAAAUUGCAAUGAAUUCAAUGACCCUGUCAUCGUUUUAAUGUAUUUUAUUUUUAACUUUAAUAUACAAUUCGUUAUACAUAUUCAAAUACAGUUAUGCUCUAUCAUUACAGGAAAAGAAAAUGUGGUAGGAUAUAUACAAGAUCUUCAAAUACACUUAAAACCUAGGUUAAUCAACUAAACAUUGGGGCUACAUUAUUGUAGCCUGCAGACUUGUUAACUACUGUAGGUAUAUAGUAGGUAUACAUAUAUCAGUUUAAGCAGUGUACUUAGGGAAACUGUUUUGCGGUGCUGCAAAUUUAUCAAUUUAUUAUUAUUUACUUUUAUUCUUUAUUAUUAUCGUAUACAUUAUAGAUGGUUUUUUUAGUCGUAUAUAUGAAUAACGAAAGAUGGCACAAACUCUUAAUACAUUUGUAUUUGAUGCAAAUGUUUAAUUUGCUGCUUAGUUCGGUUGAAACGUUUUAGAUAUUUUAUUAAUUACUAGAAACGUUUUUGAAAUUGUUUCUAUAAGUGUAAUCAUUUGUGCUACUCUAUAAGGUACAUCUGAAAGAAGAACCUUUUUUAAUCUUCCAAGAAUUAAUCGAGAUUCAAUAAUUUGUUUUAUUUAUAUUAAAUCAUUUAAGUUUUAGAUAUAAAAUUUUUAACAUUGAAAUUAUAAAUUGACUACAAAAUCGUGAGUAGUCCGAGAUCAUUUAAAAUAGGAAAUAUCACUUUACUUGAAAAAAUUACUUUUACGAUGAUAAUUAACAUAAAAUGAUAAAAGCUAGAUAAUAUCACGAUGCAGGUAUUAAACUAGAUUAAUUUGACCAGAAAUGAAGUAACCAGUAAAUGUUUGUAGGAAAUGGAACAUUUUAUAAUUGUGCGAUCGUGUGAUCAAUUAACAGUAGUUGUUUCUACGAUACAUAAAUUGACAUAAAUAUAAUAAAAGGUAAUACACACACUGCCGACUUUUAUACUGUAAUUCAAUUCCAUAAAAUCAAAAAAUAAAUAAAAAAAAAACUUUUAGAUAUUUAUAAUUUACGUGUAAAAGAAACACUCGAAGCAUUAAAUGUUUUUAAUUAUUUAAUAUUUAUUUAUUUCUAAAUUGUAAAAUAUGUUUAAAAAUUAUUUUAAGUGAAACGUUAUAAACGUUUAACUGUCACACAGAAGAUAUUGUACAAUAACAUACGAAACGAUGUUUAUUUAAACAAAAGUAUUAUUUAAAUUUUGAGUAUCAGUAUAAGUAAAAAAAGAAUAUAUAUAUACAUAAAUCAGACGCGUAAAAUACGCUAUCGAGGUAUUUGCUUAAAAUAACACAUUCGAGUGAUAAAAUUGAGAAACUGUGUAUUAGACUAUGCUUCAAAGCAGUUCAUGGCAUUCUUAAAAUAGCUGAAAUGUAUACCAUUUACUAUUCUAAGGCGAUUCUCUUUUCAUUUCUACAAAUAGCUGAUAGUAAUUGAUGAAAUGUACUAAAAAGAAUUCAAUGAUUGGCAGCUAAUUCAGAAUUCCUGAAGACAUUGCUUCUACAUGGUGUAUACAUAUUAUACAUAUAUAAAUAUUAUAUAAAUAUAAAUGAUACAGGUAUAAAUAUAAAUAUAGAUAUAUAAAUUAUAUUUGUAUUUAUAUUUGUACCGAGUUAGUCAUAGUUUUUGUACAAACGUAUGCGUCGCUGCAGUUUUGUUCAGCGAAUUUAAUACCCGCCUAAUUGCAUUUUACGAGUCCUCGGGACCUCCUACUUUCUGUAUUUGUUUAAAUGCACGUUGAAUACAUUAAUUGAUUUAUCAAAUAUGACGAAAGAGAUAACUAAAUAAAACUAAUUGACAGAGACUCCAUUCUUAUUGUUUUUUAGUAUAUAUACCCGAGAUAAUUGGUUGAUCAUCCUGUUACGUGAGAUUUUCAUUAUCUAAGGAAACAGAGAUUCUCAUAUUUUUAUCGUAACAUAAAACAGGAUACAUCAUGGGUACCAUCACCAUUAUCGUACAUAUAUUAUUUCACAGAGGACACUUGGAUUAGGAAGAAAUGGAGUAGGCUAUAUAGGAAAUAAUAAAUAUCGUUUGAUUUUAUUUUUAUCAUAGAAUAUGAUUUUAUAAUUCUUAAUCUUCUAUAAAGCAUAAGUUUUGAUUGAUUUAUCUCUUAAUUAGUAAAGGAAAUAUCGUUUCAUUGUGAUGCUAUGAAAAAUCAAAUAUUUUCUGCUGUGAAAAAUUUGAUUCUAAGCAAGAUGGAUAGUAAUAUAAUUUUUAUGAACUAAGAACUAAGUAAUGUUACUUAUAAGAGAGCGAGAGAAAAAGAGAGAGAGAGAGAGAGAGAGAGAGAGAGAAAGAGAGUAAAGAAGUCCAUAAGACACAGAUAUACGUUGAACUUCCUCACUCUUAGGUGUUAAGUUUCCUUAAAAGAUUUAGGUGCAAAUUGUAUAUGCCAUAUUUGAGCAGUCAUAUGUUUGUGUAAACUGUAGCAUCUUCAAUAUAAAAAUCAUUGAGCAAUAGCAA